AUAAUUGUGAAGACAUAUCUAGAUAUUUUAAUUCUUCGUUUCGGGUGGGUGUUGGCGAGUAUAUAAGCACAAUCGUUAAUACCAGUACAUACAUCUCCAAGUGCCUCAGAGAUGAAGGGAGUUGUGCUACUGCUUUGGGCUAUGUUAUGCUGCGUCAGCGGCGGAGGAGUGUUGUGGCCAGGGGCGAUUCCACUACCUGCUUCGUUCAGAUCAAUUAUACCACCUCAAGUCAAAGGAUUCGCAUAUUCAACAAGCCAAUACAUUAAUGCGGUGCAACCGUCAUAUUCAAUCGGAUAUCAAACGCAAGUUGGAUAUCAACCGCAAGUUGGAUAUCAAAUACCUCAGCUUGGAGUAUACCCUACGUAUCCCGGAAUAAAUUUCCAACCCAUUUUAGCGCCCCAGUACUAUCCUGGGACUAACCCACUAUAUCCUGGUCUAAGCCCCAUAGGACCGCCUAUAUCUGUUGCUCCAUCGCCACCACCUCAAAGCGCACCAGCACCACCAUCGCAGGAUGCGCCUGGAGAUGAAGAUACUGCAGUCGUUGACUCAGCAGAAUUCCCCUCUGAUCAGAGAGGACAAAUACAGCCAGACCCCUCUCAAGGAUUCCAAACACCUUUUAACACCGGAUCCUAUGAUUCCAAAAACAUGCCUGCAUUCCCUCAAAUUCAAAGGCCAGAGGCUCCAAAACCCCCACCAAUUCCUCAACCGCCUCAAAUACCAGGAGUUCCUGCAAUUCCCCAACCACCGCCAAUACCACAAGGUCCUCAAACGCCAGACAUUCCCCAGAUACCACAAAUUCCGCAAAUACCGCAAAUACCUCAGUAUCCAGGGUCUGGCAGUGGAAUUUUCCAAUAUCCACAAUUCUCUCAGCCGCAGCUGUUUCAACCUAACCCAUCAUAUCCCCAAGUACCUCCACAGAGUCAACCUUCGGAAUCCCAGUUCAGUUAUCCUUCACCAGCUACCGGUUCCCAGAGUCUCAGCGACGAGGAUUCAAUAGCCGUAGAUUCAGCUUAAAUGUUAAGUUAUUGUGCCUUACAACGAUAAACGUUGAAACAUGUAAUAGAUUUUAGGUAUUCUGGUCAUACUAUUGAUUUAGAAUUUGGUAAUGCUUCUAUUACAGCCGAUUACAAUCUAUCACGAACACGUUGUUUUAUGUAGGUCGAAAGUAAAAUUACUUUAUAGUAUAUAAUAUUUAUAAAAUUUUAAAUAUAAUAUGUAUUUUU